AAGAAUAAGGCGGACCCGCGUAUCUGCCAAUCCUCAUGAGUGAAUGCAUUCAAUCUUGCUUUCAUUUCCUUGGAGCUGCUCAGUUUUGAAACUGCACAUUUGCCAUCGUGAAGACAUGGAUAAUCAAUGCUCAUCCUACGAUGAACAGGAUUACAUCAAAGAGUUUAAAAAGUGGUUCUUUGACGAAUGUCCCAAAACCUUAAACCUGCUGAUCAUUGGUAAAACUGGGGUAGGGAAAUCUCGUCUUGUUAAUGCUCUCGUUGGUAAAAAGGUCGCUAAAGAAGGCCGAACACUAGAUCCCUGUACGUCUGAGGUGACGUCUUACAAAGUAGAUAUCGAAAGGGUUACAGUCACUGUGUGGGAUUCUCCUGGAUUACAAGACGGAACCCGUAAAGAGGCCAAGUACAUAGAAGACAUGAAGAAAAAGAUAAAAGAUGUGGCUUUGAUAAUCUACUGUGUCAAGAUGGACGACACUCGAUUCCAUGAUGAAGACAAGAAAGCCAUUCGAAUACUGACAGAGGAGUUUGGGAAGGAAGUGUGGAAGCAUGCCGUAGUGGCUCUGACGUUUGCGAACAGGGUUGAAGACCCUGAUGGGGAAGAAGAGUUAGAAUAUUUCCAAUCCCAUCUUGAAGAAUGGAAGAGGCAGUUUAGAGAAUACUUCGCAUCAGUUGGCGUCGACCCGGAAGUCUGUGUUCCAGUGAUUCCUGUGGGGAACGUAAAGUCCAUGUGUCUACCUGAUGGACAAAACUGGCUUUCUGAUCUGUGGCUCGAAUGUUACCGUGCGAUGAAGCCGUCUACCAGACGAGGCAUGUAUAAAAUCAACGAAAAUCGGUUGAAGAAAGCUUCAUCCGUUACUUAUUCGACGAGCACCAGCGGCGACGAUGGCAUUCCUCCCGAGAUCCCUUUAAAUGAGCAACAACAAAAUAGCUUUUUGGAAUCCAGUUGGGAAGCCUUCUUAAAAUUUGUUGGCACUGCUUUUGUCACUGCUGUUGUUGGCAAGGUUCUUAGCGCAUUGAAAGGUGCUUUCUCUUUUUUGCGGCGCUAACUUUCAAGUCUGACUUUAGGAAAUCGAGAGAGUUUGAUUUGAAAGUAUAGACAGUCGCUUACCAAUUCAACCAGAACUAAACAGUUUGUUGUAACCCCCCGAAAACUUCCGAGAGAAAAUCAAAGAAAUAGCCAGUUCAUAAUGUCAUCACUGAUCGUAUGUUUAGUAUAACGAGGUGAAAACAGUUAUCAAGAGAGAACUACGUAAUUCACAAGUAGAUUUUUAGCUGGAGCUUGUAUUCAUUAACUCGAUGUAUUCGUAUUGGAAAUAAAGCGAAAUGCUUGUAAAACAUUA